GCUCUGGGCGGGGUUUUCCUUAACCAAUGGUCGGGCCAAGUUUGAAUUUAAAUCCCCCUUAUAAAAUGUGGACCGGGUGUCGCUACGCUACCCUGGCUUGGUCCCUGACGGUUCCCCCUUUCUUCUACCGGCUGGCCUGCCAUGGCGUCUCCAUCCGAGUUCCUGGAUGACCUGGUCGCUUCAUGUCUGUCCCCGCGCGGCCCCCCCAAUCUGCCCGAGCUGUAUAGCGAGUCACAGCGGCUGGCGGUGGAGGAGCUGGUGGCUGGGGGCCGCGAUGCCUUCCUCACUUUUUUGCGGCGGGAGAACGUUACCUGCUUCCUCUCAGAGGAGGAGAUCCAGGGCAUCCUCCAGUCUGCCGAGCGGCCCAGAGCCCGGGGGGAAGAUAGCGCUGCUGACGAGUCCUUCAGUUCAUCCCAGGAUUGCUCCUCGCUCACCUAUUUUCCCGAGCAGUCAGACAUCGAGCCGCCGAUUCUGGAGCUGGGUUGGCCCGCCUUCUACCGUGGCGCGUACCGCGGUGCCACUCGGGUGGAGGCGCAUUUCCAACCCUGCUUCCAGGACUCGCCAUACGGCUGCAAGGACGCGGUGCGCAAGCAGAUCCGUUCGGCCAAGGAGGUUAUUGCUGUGGUUAUGGAGUCAUUCACAGAUAUUGACAUCUUCAGAGACCUACAGGAAGUAUGUAGGAAGCAAGGAGUGGCCGUGUAUAUUCUUUUGGACCAGGCUCUGAUCCGUCACUUCCUGGACAUGUGUGUGAAUCUAAGAGUUCAUCCUGAACAGGAAAAGCUUAUGACAGUUCGAACUAUUACUGGAAAUAUAUACUAUACAAGGUCAGGCACUAAAAUUGUUGGGAAGAUCCAUGAAAAGUUCAUGUUAAUUGAUGGCAUUAGAGUGGCAACCGGCUCUUAUGGCUUUACCUGGACCGAUGGCAAAUUAAAUAGCAGCAACUUAGUGAUUCUGUCAGGCCAGGUGGUUGAACAUUUUGACUUAGAGUUCCGGAUCCUCUAUGCCCAGUCAAAGCCAAUCAGUUCCAAGCUCCUCUCCGUGUGCAGGAGCAGCGACAAGUUUGACCACCUGAUCAACAGAAAAUCCUCGCCUAAGGAACUCACGCUGGGAAACCUCCUGAGGAAGCGGCUGGCCAGACUCUCCAGCACUCCGGACAAGGCCGUGGACUCAGAGGUACCCGCAGAAGAGAAGAUGGAGAACAACUGCUAUGAUCCCGAGACUUCCACCAUCAGCGAGGAGGACUGCCUAAGUCAAGAGGCUGAGUUAGAGUUCAUAAAGGCAAGUGACGUCUCCACCCAAACGGAGCCGUGGGAGCAGAUGCCGGCGAUAAGGGCGUAUCACGUGGGGACCCAAACCCGCAUCCCGACAGAGUGUAGCAGCACCCAAACCGUGACUGCUACCCGAGUGACCGGCUCCCAGACGGUGGUCUUCUCAAAGUCUAUCACCACCCAGACUGUAGGCGAGCCUGGAGAACCUCCUUUUUCUCAGGGGACCCGCUCAAAAGAUGUAUCCCCGGCAUCUAAAAUGUCCACUGCGCCAUCUACAUCUUCCAGCCUGAAGUCCUUUUCUUCUUUGUCUUCCCAAGGCUCUGUGGCAAGCUCUGUUGGCUCCCAUUCCUCCACCAGGGCUACCGAGUUUCUGCAUCCUGGGUAUCCCAAAUACUCUGGCAACCCCCACCGGGGAGCAUGCCUGAGGGACUCUUUCAGAAACUUAAAUAAAGAGAGAGCAUUUCACUUUACCGGCAUCCGGUCCCGGCUCAAUCACAUGCUGACCUUGCUAUCCAGGAGAACAAUUUUGGCCGAAAGAUAUCUGGGCUGUAAUCCUGGGAGUCACACCACGACACCACUGGGGGGUGGCAACAAUUUACUUGGCAUUCGGGAUAUUGCGCUGUACCCUUCGUACCGGUGACUGAGGCUUCCUGUUAGCUGACUUUGGGUAUGAUGCCAUAAUGAGCUCUUGCCAGCAGUGCUGCCCAUCCUGUCACUGGGGCCCUCUUCCUGCAGGCUGCUAACAUCUCAGUGUUUUUGACGGAAAAUGCCUUCUAUGCCAAAGAGCCUUCCUUUACUUUGUAAAGCAUAAGAUUUAGCUAGCUUGUUUUCUUUGAAUCCUUUAUAGCAUGCAUUAUUUUAAAUAAUGCUGAUAACUUUAUUUUGACUCUGUCGGAUUGCUCUCGGAACAUUAUUUUUUUAAGGGUUACUCUUUAGGGGGUUGCAAGGUAUAGAAAUGCACAUAGGGAUUUUCCUUGCAUAGUUGCAUAACUAUUCUAGUUUAUUGUAGACACUAAAUGCUUUUAUUACACAUCUAAUGCUCUUAUUAAGGGGAAAAAACUGUUCCUUUGGUUAGAAUGAUUUUUUCUUUAUUACUGUAGUAUCUUAGCAUUAAAUAAGUAUUCAAAAAAAUCAAUAAAUAUUCAUGUGGAUACAA